AUGGAUCCAUCUAUGAGUAUGGCAUGCCUUAGAGAUAGUCAGACAUCAUUUACGUUCUACCAAACCCCAUACCAGUCAGGACUUCAUGACACUCAUGGCACUCACGCCAUGUCUGGAUCGACAGUGGCUGCUGCCGUUUCUGCUUCUAUGAUUUGGUCGCCCUUCCAGACACCAACACCGGCUGAUCGCGCACAGCGAAAGUGGCACGACGAUGGACAAGUGAAAAUGUCAACGGGAGGGUCUAACUGGAAGACAAAGCGUGUAACUAUUGUGGCCCCAGCUCUUCCGCAGAUACCUUCUCUACAGACAACCCUGUACUCAAGGCUUCUCGACGACCCUCCAUCAAUUCAUCUUGAACUCUCUGACUGCAGUAUCUGUACACCAAUAUUCGAAGACCGUGAAAUUUAG